AUGCUGAGCCAGCAGCAGCAGCAGCAGCAGCAGCAGCAGCAGCAGCAACAGCAGCAGCAGCACCAGGAUCAACGACAGCAAGAACAGCAGCAGCAGCAGCAGCAGCGGCUUGGAUGCCUUCACCUUAGGGGCGAUUCAAUGAAGCCUCGCGCAGCACAGCAACAGCAGCAGCAACAACAGCAGCAGCAUGUCACGUCGAUGCUCAACCAGCAGCAGCAGCACCAGCAACAGCAGCAGCAGCAGCAGCAACGGCAGCAGCAACAGCAGCAGCAGCACCAGGAUCAACGAGAGCAAGAACAGCAGCAGCAGCAGCAGCGGCUUAGAUGCCUUCACCUUAGCGGCGAUUCAAUGAAGCCUCGCGCAGCAGCAGCAGCUGCUGCUGCUGCUCCUGCUGCUGCACCUGCUGCUGCUCCUGCUGCUGCACCUGCUGCUGCUCCUGCUGCUGCUGCUGCUUCUUGA